AUGACUGGCGCGCCCCUAGAAUUAGGGGUUGCGGCCGGCCACGUGCCUCACUUCGCUUUAAUGAUCACUCCGAUUGCCAGAAUCCAUGUUAUUUGGCGCUCGGCGAUAGGCGCCCAGCCCGAGGCGCCGCGACGGUCCGCCGCGGUGCCAAGUCGACGUCCCGCCUCCCUGGCUGCGCUGCCGUGGCCUAAGCGAGGUGCUUCCACCAUUUUCCGCCUCAUAAAGCCCACGCGGUGGCGAGACAAGCGCGCCGUGAACACUCGCUUGUCUACGGUGGAGUCCGCCCUGCCGCAACUAAAGACGACGCGCUGGGCGCUUUACAGUCCCGGCCAAACGGCGCCCACUAAUAAAGAAGAGCCGGAGCGAGUGUUAGAGGUGUCAGUGUUAAUGGCGGGCAGGGGAGGUCGGGGCGGCGAGGACAAUGCGCCCCCGGGGCGCUUUUGUUGCCGCGGAUUCCCUGCCCGUGACAUCUGUCCGAAUUGCUACAAUAACUCGCCGAAAAAAAGAGCAGCAACUCUCUCCGAAUCCGCUGCGGAGCUUCACUUCUAUACUCUCCAGCGGCCGUACAAUGUAAAGUGCAUCGGGUGGGACGUCUUCAUUGGCGUCAUUGUUGUCGGUGACGUGUCAUUUAUUCGACGCCGAAUUAGGGAGCCCGUUGCCCCGGUGGUCCUGGCGUUGCGAGCAACCGUGUCACAAUAUUAUAAACGGCGU